GGGGACGUGGGGCUGAGACCCUGUUGGGGCAGGGAGGGGACAGAAUGGGCAUGGAGGCAGGAGGGGACGUGCCACAAUUGGGCACAGUGUGUGGCUGGCGAGGUGAUGGCAAAGUGCGGGGAGCCACAGCCAUGGCCUCGUCUCCAGGUGUUCGGGGUUGAGGACACAGCCUGGACACUGCCACCCACACCCCUGCUUUUGCAGCCCCCACCCCCAGCAGAGUUGUCCCUGCAGCAUCCCGUGUCUGCAGUGGGUGCCACUGGAUGUCACCCUUGUGCUGUGUGUGCCCACGCCUGUCCCCACGGCCACCCUCACCCCGCGCACGUGUGUGCACACGCACAUGCACAGCCCCAGCCCUGGCCCCUAGGGAUUUCUCAACCCCUGCUGGCUAGGAAGAGGAGCCCAUCCAAAGCAAACAUGGCAGUGGGGAAAGGGCUCUGGGGAUGCGCCACCUCCCUGCGGCCACACCACCAAUGACUUUUGCACAAGUGGCUGUUGGAGAGGGUAUAAAUUGGGAACCCGGGGCAGCCCCCACCGAGCAGAGCCUAAGCACAGCGUGGCCAGCCAUGAAGGUCUCCAUCCUGCUCCUGCUCGUCUGCACAGCCAUCCUGGCGGUGGGAGCACGGGCUGAUGCUCCCGACAAGACAGACGAGAUGGUGAAGAAGGUGCAGGAGUACGUCAAGCAAGCCGCCGAGGCGGUCAAAACGGCCUUCACCACGGUGAACGAGUCAGAGGCAGCUCAGCAAGCCAGGAGAUGGCUGUCGGACAACACCGACCUGGUGAAGCAGCAGCUGGCGCGGCUGAGGGAGCAGCUGGUUGGGCUCUGGAAGGUGACGCCAACUGCGUAGCCCAGAUCUGGGCUGGUGGGGGCAGACUGGGUGCGGGUCCUGCCCCCCCCCCCCCCCUCCCCAUGCAGCACCAUUUCCCUUUUGUUGUGGUUCUUGCAAUAAAGUGGAGCUGGAGUGAGA